UUAGGGCUAUUUAAUUAUUUACCUUAUAUUUUUAUUUAUUAAAUACUUUCUCUAUUCGAUAAAGAUAUAAUAAAGUUUUGAUCUAUAGACUGUUAAAUUUUAACAUAUAUUUCUUGAAAAUUAUCCUAAAAAUAUUAUUGUCGUAUAUCGUUAAACAUGGCUGAUGAUAUAGUGUUCGAGUUAUUACAUUCAGAAAUUAUUAACUACGCUUUAGAACCAAAAAGUACGAAUGGUAGUAAGGAGGUAGAUUUGUCUGUAGUGGAAUACAUUGGUUUUGCAGCUGGUUAUAAAAUAAUGGAAAGGCUAACAAGAGAAUGGCCAAGGUUUAAAGAUGAAUUGGACACAAUGAAGUUCAUAUGUACAGAUUUUUGGACAUGCAUUUAUAAAAAACAGAUUGACAACUUAAGGACAAAUCACCAGGGUGUAUAUGUCCUACAAGAUAAUGCUUUUAGAUUUCUUACCAAUUUCUCAAAUGGACAUCAAUAUUUGGAAUAUGCACCUAGGUAUGUGGCAUACACAUGUGGCUUGAUAAGAGGGGGUCUGGCUAAUCUCUGCAUUAACAGCAUUGUGACCGCUGAAGUACAAUCAAUGCCAUCUUGUAAAUUUCAUAUACAUGUCCAAAGAACUUAAACAGAUUAAUAAAUCAUUUUAAUAUAUGUACUAGUGUUAUUAAAAUAAUUGAUAUUUUAAGUAGAAUUGUUUAUUACAUUUAAAUUAGACAACAUAGUAUUGUAUACUAAUAAUUAUUAUUUGUAAUUAAAUUAUAUUCCUUUCUGAUACUGAAAUAAAAAAAUGCAGUUAUACAUUGUAAUAAAAAAUUAACAUGUAGGAUUUUUCCAAGAUGAUGGUUUGGCAUUAUCAUAAAUUGUAACAAGAGUCAUCAAUACACCAAUAUAACACAGAACCACAGUUGUUCCAUACAGGAUCCUGUCACUUAAACCACCUUUUAGCCAAAUUGGUUUUCCAUUUUCACACUGCAAUAUUAAGAAAUUAUAUUUAAUAUGAAAAUAAAAUGAAGUAUUA